GAGAAAAUCGGCUCAGGUGGAUUCGGACAAGUGUACAAAGUGCGGCAUGCACAGUGGCAAACAUGGCUGGCCAUCAAGUGUCCUCCCUGCCUUCGGGUGGGUGACAAAAAGCUAAAGAUCUACCUCACGAUCACUGGUCCUCUACUCUCGCCGUUUCACUUCCUUAUUGGGAUGGCGUGGCGCAGUUGGGAGAGUGGCUGUGCCAGCAACUUGAGGGUUCCUGGUUCAAUCCCCACCUUCUACCAACCUCGUCACGUCCGUUGUGUCCUUGAGCAAGACACUUCACCCUUGCUCCUGAUGGGUCGUGGUUAGGGCCUUGCAUGGCAGCUCCCGCCAUCAGUGUCUGAAUAGAACGGUUGGAGCUGCUGGAGGAGGCCAAAAAAAUGGAGGCAGCCAAAUUCCGCUACAUUCUGCCAGUCUAUGGAAUUUGUGAGAACCCUCAAGGCUUGGUUAUGGAGUACAUGGAGACCGGCUCGCUGGAAACCCUGCUGGCCACUGAGCCGUUGCCUUGGGAGCUGCGCUUCCGCAUCAUCCACGAGACAGCUGUGGGGAUGAACUUCUUGCACUGCAUGAACCCACCGCUGCUCCACCUGGACCUGAAGCCUGCCAACAUCCUGCUAGAUGCACACUAUCACGUCAAGAUAUCAGAUUUUGGUCUGGCGCGCUGGAAUGGCCUAUCACGGGCCGAUGACAUCAGUAGAGACGGCUUCUGCGGGACCAUCGCUUACCUGCCGCCUGAGAGCAUCAUUGAGAAGGACCGAGUGUCGGACACCAAACAUGAUGUAUACAGUUUUUCCAUUGUCAUCUGGGGAAUCCUAACCCAAAAGAAACCCUACCAAGGAGAGAAUAACAUCUUGCAAAUCAUGGUGAAGGUGGUGAAAGGGGUGCGUCCAGAUCUCGGGGUGGUGCCGCGUAAUCGCCCUACCGCCUGUGCGGGCUUCCUAGGUCUCAUGCAGCGCUGCUGGGCAACUAAGCCAGAGGCCAGACCCAGCUUCCAGGACAUCGCAUCCGAAGCUGAAGACCUGUGCUCUAAACCUCAAGUAGAGUCCAAGACUCCAACCUCAUCGGCCUCAGAUCUUACUUCUUCUGACGUGCUGUCUUUCGGACAGAUUCCAAACGCUAAACAAUCGGUGCGUCCAAAGUCGGCCAUGUUGCCGGAGAAAGACUACAGUCUGUCGGAGCUGCUGACUCAGGUGGACUCUGGGAUCUCCAGGAGCUUUGACCGCCUGAAGGACGACAGCAAGGAGAAAAGACUGUCGGGCAUGUCGUCCGCUGACUCGGCGUUUUCCUCACAGGACUCCAUCACGCUCUCGUUGGAGAAGGAAAACACGAUUGAUUCUGCUGAGGUGCACAAGAGGAAGUUGUGUGACGCAAUCAGGAGCAAAGACAUCGCCAAGCUGAUGAAGAUCCUUCAGCCGCAGGACGCCGAUCUCCUGCUGGAGGGAGGAGUGAGCCUCCUCCAUCACGCCGUCGCCUCCGACAGCGAGGAAGCCGUCAAGUUCCUCCUGCUGAACAACGCCGACCCAAACCUGGCCAACGGCCGUGGCUCCACCCCCCUCCACCUCGCCACUGAGAAGCACCUGAAGCCUCUGGCGGAACUCCUGCUGAGCCGCCGCAGCACCAACGUCAACGCCAAGGACGAGGACCAGUACACCGCCUUGCACUGGGCCGCCCACAACGGAGAUGAGGCGGUGACGCGCCUGCUGCUGGACCGCGGCGCCGCCAUCAACGAGACCGACGGCCAAGGGCGCACGGCCGCUCACGUGGCGUGCCAGCACGGCCACGAGAACGUGGUCCGAGUGCUGCUGAGCCGCAGCGCCGACGUCCGCGUCAAAGGAAAGGACGACUGGACGGCGCUGCACUCGGCCGCCUGGCAGGGUCACCUGGGCAUCACCAAGCUGCUCAUCAAGCAGGCCGGCGCUGACGUCAACGCCCAGACGACGGACGGACGCACGCCGCUGCACUUGGCCUCCCGCAGGGGGCAGUACCGAGUCGCCCGGCUCCUCAUCGAGCUCAGAGCGGACGUGCACGUGACCUCCUGCGACUUGGACACGCCCCUCCAUGUGGCGGCCGAGACGGGUCACACGAGCACGUCGCGCCUCCUCCUCAAACACGGCGCGGAGAUCCACGGCGAGAACAAGCGAGGGUUCACUCCUCUGCACCUGGCCUCCCAGCGGGGGCACCAGACCACCGUCAAGAUGCUGAUAGAAGAAGGGGCGGACCCUCACAAACUGGACCUGAUCCGGCGCACCGCCUCCCAUUUGGCGGCGGAGUGCGGACACCCGGAAGUGGUGAAAAAGCUGCUCCCUCACGUCCCACACGAGGGCGCCCUGCCGGACCAGCUCGCCACAUGGCCUGCGGAACACCUGCUGCAGGACUCUGCUAGCGAGAGCUUGUGGUCGCCCGAGUCCGAGCAGCUGGCAGAAGAAGCCAAGCCGCUCCAGAGGAGAGUCGUCAUCCUCAAACUGACGGAGCACAAAGACGAGCCGCAGCUGAACGCUUCACAGUUUGGGCCUGCCUUGUGCUAACAGGAGGAAAGACGCUACAAGCUAACAUAACUGUUAGCAUUUUUCAUGUUAUGUAAAUAUGUACACUGUAAAUACACAUUCAUGUCAAAAGUUACCAUUUUGUACCUUUUUUUUUUACUGCAUGAGCAUAUUUUUGUGUGAUUAUGAUCAGGAAGAUGGACAAUUUGUGCACAGUGAGUCCAUUUUAGUACAACUAUUUUGUUAUUGUAGAUAUUUUGUAGUACAUACUAACACUAAACCGGCCUUAGUGUGUGAGUGUAAAUGUUGUGUCUGUCUGACUUGUCCAGGGUGUACCCCGCCUUCUGCCCGAGUGCAGCUGGGAUAGGCUCCAGCACCCCCCGCAACCCCAAGAGGGACAAGCGGUAUAAAAACGGAUGAAUGGAAGGAUGAAAAUGUUCUGUUUGUUUAAUAUCAGCUGCACCAGGAAGCCAUUAAAA